AGUGUACAUGCUACUUUUUUAACUUUAUUGACUUCUUUUCUUUUUUUCUUUUUUUUUAUCCCACUUCCUCCUCUCGUACUUCCUGUGAAAGAGUCAGCUAUGUUCUCCUCGUCCAAACCCUCCCUACUCUUGCCCUGGACCUCCAUGGAUCAAGCUGACUCGGACGCUUUGGACAUCAGCACUAAAGUGCAACUGCAUGGGGUUCUGUGGAAGAGACCUUUCGGGAGGCCCUCAGCCAAGUGGUCCCGCAGAUUCUUCAUCAUCAAGGAUAGUUUUCUUUUGUACUAUGCUGAGAACGAGAAAAAAAGCUUUGAGACCAAUAGAUACUUCAACAUUCACCCCAAGGGGGUGAUUCCAUUAGGUGGAUGCAUCGUCGAGCCAAGAGAAGAUCAAGGCAUGCCAUUCUCUAUGGUUAUCAACCAUGAAGACUUCACAGGAAACAUUGUCCUGGCUGCUGAAUCCGAGCCAGAGCAGAGCCAGUGGGUGGAGAUGCUUCAAGAGUCAGGGAAAGUCACUUGGAAGAAUGCUCAGUUGGGUGAGGCUAUGAUUGAGAGUCUUGAAGCUCAGGGACUACAGCUGGCUAAAGAAAAGCAGGAAUACUUGGAUAAGCUCAUGGAGGAGACUGAAGAACUGUGCUUGCAACGAGAACAGAAGGCGGAGCUGGAGAAACUGAAUCAAUUGCUGGAGGAAGAGAAGCAGAAGUUUGAGGAAGUGGUUCAAGAGCUGAGAACAGAGCAAGAUCAAAUUAAACUAGAUAUGGACGGUACCGCUCAGUGUCUGAAAGGAGUGGAAAAUGAGAAAGAGGAGCUUCAUAAUCUUACCACGAUUCUGCAGAAGUCUCUAGAGGAGUUAUCCCAAGAGAAAAAGCGUACCCUCGAGCUGCUGCGAGAAAGAGGACAGGAUGCGGCUGAAACAGGAAGUGAUCGACGUGGCUCUUUAGAUGCUCAGAAUCCAGAGGUGCAGCUUCAGGGCAACCUGCGGCACAUCGAGGAGCAGAUGAAGAGCCUGCUCAGGGAGAAAGAACAAGCAGAGGAAAGGCUGAAGGAGAAUGAAAAGCGAGCCAAAGUUCUGCAGGAGGAGAGGGAGUUUUAUUCUUCUCAGGCUCAAGCUCUCCAGCAGUCUCUCACACAGCUCACCGCAGACAAACAGCACACCGAGGAAGAGCUGAAGGCAGAGAUGGAGUCUCGUGUGGAACUGGAGUGUAGGCUGAAAUUGGCUGAGGAGGCUCUGCAAGAUCUAGAGCAGGGUCUAAAUGCAAUAGAACGCACCCAUGAGAGGGACGAAAGAAUGAAAGGAGACGUCAGCCAUCUCCGCAGGUUCUUUGAGGAAUGCAUCUGUGCAGCGGAGAUUGAGGCCAAGUUACCGUCCAUCAUGAAGAACGCAGUGUAUCUGCAUAAAGCUGCAGCUCGACGCAUCAAAAGUUGCCGUAUCCAGAGACGGGCCUCCAGACAGCACUGGUUGAAGCACUCUCAAUCCUUCGCCUCCUCUCGCGGUGCCUCCUCCAGUCUUGAAGAGUUGAGAGAAACUGCCCGGCGUCUGACUUCAGAGACCUACAAGAUCAUCACGCGCCAGAAGAGCGUUCAGUCCCAGGACUAACAGUGUUCUGACUGAUGGACUGAUGGAGAGACGGGAAGUUGUUUAGCCAUCCUGCUCUAUGCUGUCCAAGUGUGCAACUUCUGGUGAAAGUUAGGCAUUCAUAAGUCAGUAAGGGAAAUCUGCACAUUCAGUGUGCUGUCAUACUUUAGGACUGUGUGUCCUUCUUAUUGAGUACAUGUAAAUGUAAAACACUGUAGGAUAAUAAAAAACUAUAUGAAAUGUCAAAUAUGUGUUUUAGUGAGAAUACAAUACCUUAUCUAACACAGCAUUUUAAUUUUAUUUUAUAUUUUACAUUUUUCCCCAUAGGGAUUAAUAAUAACAAUAAUAAUCUUUGUUAAACAGUUAUAAGCAAUGUACUAAACCAACAGGUCAUGAGGUGAAUCACAACAAACUUUGAUUUGAAAGAAAAAAAGUAUUUGAAAAUCAGACAAAAAGACAACAGUAGAAGGCUAUAUAAGCCUGAACAACAGCUUUAAUUGGGAAAAGAACUACAAUCCCAUGAAGCAUUGCAGAUUACAUAAUCAAAUUAACAAUGAUGAACUAAACAAUCUAUUUUAUAUUUAUUGCAAAGUAUACAUAUACACAGUUGUUUAUGUAGUUUGAGAGUGUAGGGAGACGGACUCCAUUACUCUUUCAAAGGCUUAUAAGUUAUCCUUAAAAAUCUUUAGUUUUCGAAUGGAGAAAUUAAUAACAUAUUUACUUGGGAAAUACAGUUGAGCCAAACCUGUCUAUCACAGGACAGAGAUCACAGGAUUUCAGCUAGAACCAAGUUUUGGCAAAAUAUGUAAUUGUAAAAAAAAAAAAAAAAAAAAAUGGUAAAAUAAUAUAAAAUUGUUAUGUCCAGAAGCAUAAAAAAACAUAAUAAUUCUGAUUUUGUAUUUAUUUAUUUAAAUAUAGUAUGUCAUUUUCAAAAACUGAAUUGUUGGUUCUCAAGUAAAGAAUCUCCCUGCAUGUCACUUAAUAAUAAACUAGUAAUACAGGAUCUGCACCCUACAUAAAGCAUAUUUUCAUUAGAAUAAAAAAAAAAUGGUGCAGAGACAAAAAUAAUUUGAUGAGAUGUACUUUUACACAUAAAAUGCUACAAUUAUGUUUAUGUCACUGCUGUCAAAGUUCACUCCAACAAAAUUGAUAUGCUUAAAUUGCCAUUUUAAUGAAACAAUCUGUUAUUUAUUAAUAUGCAAUUGACACUUGCUUUGUCAUUAGCCCUAAGAAGCUUUGUUAUGAAUUAAAUUCAUAAUCCUUUUUGUCCAUCUUCAUGAAUAUUAGCUCGAUUAUUACUCAACACAAUUCUGCUUCCGUUUAAAUGUAACUCAUGAUACAAUAAUGUAUAAAGAUGAAAUUGUUCCUUUGGGCUUUUAUGAUUUUAAAAGUGAUGUUGAUAUGCCAUCUGGAUAUGCUGGAAUUAAAAUGGCUUCAGUGUUUAUUAAACCUUCCAAUUAC